CAUACGGAACUUUUUCAUUUGUAAUCAUUUUAAAAUAAUGUAGGUACGGAAAAAAUUAAAACAAAAUUAUUUAAUUCACAAAUAUCCUCUAAUCAUGUUUGAGGGUAUUGUAGCAUCAUUAUUUAACAGAUACUUGGGCAAGUAUAUAGAAGAUUUGGACUUAGAAAACUUAAAUGUUGGUAUAUUCGGAGGGAAUGUAUUGCUGUCAAAUUUAAAGUUGAAAACCGAAGCAUUGUAUGAACUCGGAUUGCCCAUUGAAGUGAAAGCUGGAUCGAUAGGAAAAUUUAAUGUGAACAUACCUUGGAAUGGACUUUCUAGUCAACCAGUGGUCGUAAAAAUUGAAGAAAUAUUCAUUGUUGCUGGUCAAGUUCUUGAUAGAGAAUGGGAUACAGAAUUAGAAAAACGUUUGAUGAGAGCUGCAAAGAAAACAAUUUUAGAAAGUAUUGACAAUUUAUCUAUCUUUGGAAAUGGCUCAAUGGAAAAUUGUAGUUUUCUUGAAACUUUAAUAACAACUGUUAUGAAUAAUUUACAAAUAUAUAUUCGAAGCGUUCAUAUUAGAUUUGAAGAUUCAGUAACUAAUAUAGAUUCUCAUAGAGCUCUAGGUUUAUGUAUACAAUCUAUUUCUCUAGAAACGACCAACAGCAAAUGGAAGCCAAUUUUGUCACAACAACGUGGACAGAGUUCUUUAUAUCAAAUCGUUAAAAUAGAUUCAGCUUCAAUUUAUUGUAAUACUAUGUGUUCUACUUUAUUAUAUAAUAAUAAAACUAUAGAAUCAGAUUGGCAGGAUAAAAUGCGAUCAGGUUUAAAUAACUUUAACGUAAAUGACGAGCCUUUAGAAUUUAUUUUGAAACCAGUCGUCCUAAAAAUAAAAAUAAUAAUAAAUAAGUCAAAUGAAGUGCGAGUUCCUAAAUUACUCGUUGACUUUGUUCUUCAGGAUGCUGCUUUACAGAUGUCUAGAAAACAAUUUGUAGCUUUGAUGGAAACAGUUGAAUUUAUGAAAUUAGCACAGAUCAAUAGAUUUUAUCGUGACAUUCGUCCUCAUAAUAUUGUUUUGAAAGAUUCUAAAAGUUGGUGGAUUUAUAUUUAUAAAUGUAUAUUAAGACAGAGGAUUACAUUAGUUUGGCACAAAAUAAAAACACAUAGGAAAAAUUAUAAAAGCUAUGUAAAUGUAUACAAAAAAGUUCUACUGAAUCCAAAUGAUAUGGAAUUAAAAAUUGAUUUACAAAUGCUUGAAGAUGAAUUAGAUAUAUUUAAUUUAGUUUUAGCAAGAGAACAUGCUAAAAUCCAGCUUUCUGAAGAGAAUCCUGAAUGUGUGACUAUUCAAGAAUUUCAGUCAAAAUGGUGGGGUUCUGCAAAUUCUAAAUCAAUGUACCGUUUAUGUUUAACAUCUGAUAAAGGUAAAACGUUUUGGAAUUUACUUAGUCAAUCAGAAAAGGAUAGACUUAAUGAUUUAUUGUGCAAGACUGAUGGAUCAGAAAUAUCUAGAUCUAAUAAGCCAAAACAAUAUAUAGAACAUAAAAUAAAUUUAACAAUAGCCAACUGCCUGGUUAGUUUAAUUAGUGGCUCCAACGAAUUAAUGGUGAUCACAUUUGGCCAUUUGAUGAGCAGUCUUGAAACUAGACCAUCAGCUAAAGCAUACAAAAUUUCUACAAGAAUUGAAAGUAUAAAUGUGGAAGCUUCUGUUGAGUAUAGUCUUGUUCCAAUAGUUGACACGUGUACUAUGAGAGGAAAUUCAUCAAAAUAUUUUUUGAGUAUUGAUUUCGAAAAAAAUCCACUUAACUCAGAGGCAGAAUAUGGAUUAACUAUUUCAUCAGAACCAAUGGAAUUGGUUUAUCAUGAAUUUGCUAUAUCUGCAUUUCUCAGCUUCUUUUAUUAUAAUCAAAAAAUUAACAUUGAAUCUACGAUUGAAAAAUUUUAUAAAAAUAUUUCUAAUAUGUUUGAAAAAAUAUUCAACUCAAAUAGACCUGAAUCUAAGUUUAGAAAAAUUCUAUUAAAUAUUGAUCUUCAUCUACCAUAUGUUGUAAUACCUGAAUUUGGAUCUAUUCAAAAGGGUGAAAAUGUAAUGGUGGUGGAUUUUGGUGGCCUUAAAAUUAAAAGUGAUUUACAACCAGAAACAAUUUGUUUGGAUGAUGUCACACAAAUGGAAAUGGAGGAAAAGCUAUAUGAUCGAUAUCAUAUCGAUAUUGAUGGAUUUCAAUUAAUAUUUUGUAGCACAGGAAAUGAUUGGAGGAGUUUAAGAAGUCAGCCUGAUUCUACCAUGCACUUUCUUGCAAACACAUUUGUACAAAUUGUUGUGUCAAAUAGUAUUCGACCUGAAUAUAAACAAUUAGCAAAAAGAAAAACUAAUAUUUCAGUACAUAGUAUCAAAUUGAACUUAUCUGAUUUCAAAAUUAAUUCUAUAUUAGAUUUUUUCGAAAACACACCAUUACCAAUGAACCAUGUAUUAUCAGCAACAAUAAAAAGACAUUAUAGUGAUGAUGAUGAAGUAUAUAUUUUAGAUAAAAUUAAUUUACAUCAAAAUAUAGAAGAGUUACAAGAAUUGAAAUCUACUUUAGCAUUUUAUCAAAAAUUUAAAAGCAUUAAUAUUAGAUCAGUUGAAGAAAGAGCUGAAGCUAAAAAGGCCUUUAAAGAUGUAGAAAAAAAAAGUAUUGUAUCAUCAGAAAUUAGUGAUGAAGAAUUUGCUGAACUUUGGGCUCGUACAGUAGAUUUACCUGGAUUUGAUGAUAAUGUUUCACCAAAUAACACAAUAACAUCUCUUUUCAGAUGCGUCGUUGGAGAAAUAUCUCUUAAUCUUCGUCGUUCCAAUGAUCGAUCUGAAAAAUCUUAUUUAAAUUUGACAUUAAAACGGUUUUGUUUCGAUUUGGCAAUUAUGGAAUAUGGUCCAGCUGUGCAAACAUCUAUUGGAUCGAUUAGUUUAUAUGAUUUGCAACACACGUGUAAAAACGGCGAGUUUGUCGAAUUAUUUUCAGUAACUUCCAAUUGCUUAGUACAAGAAUCUAUUAAUUUACUAUACAGAAAAGUAAAAGCUGAUUGUCCUGAUUUCAAAAGUCAUUUCCACAGUGUUGAAAAGUCUUUAGUAUUAGAUUUAAAUCAUGUAUCAUUUGUAUUUCACCGAACGGCAUUUAUAACAUUUUACAAAUAUUUGCAAUAUAUUGUCCAAAAACUCAGUAAUAGAAGGAUUUGUUCAGUUUUGACAACAGAAAAUAUACAAAGUUGUAUAAAUAGUUGUUUUUCCAAUGAUGAUCCACCUGUGCCUCAAGGUGCAACAAAGUUCAGUUACUCUGCUACAAUUUUGAAUUGUAAAAUUUUAAUUUGUGAUACUGGAUUAGAUUUUUUGGACGUUAAGAUUGGUGGGUUGGAAAGUGAUUGCACGUUUAAAGCAAACGAUCGUAUGGUGUUUAGAUUGUAUGCAAUGAAUAUGAGUAUUGAUGAUUUAUCUGAAGUUACGUUGUAUCCUAAGCUUUUAUAUACAGACGAAGAUAAACUGUUGGAAUUCAAGUAUGUGCGGCAUAACCCAAGGCUAUAUAAAACUAAUAUUGAUGCAAGAAAAGAUGACGUUAAAUCAGAUGGAAGUAUCAAGGUGUACAUCGGACGAGUGCAUAUUACUAUUUUAUGCAAUAUUUUAUUAGAUUUUCAAUAUUUCAUGGAGCCCAUUAUUUCUGAAGAACUUGUUGGUUUAAGUCAACGUAUACAUAAAGUAAUUUUUCCUUUUACUCCAGAUUUAAGAAAGGGUUGGAAGAGUAAAAUUCAUUUGUCAAUAUGUCUACAUGUUCCUGUAGUAUUGUUUCCACAAAAUUCUACAUCUCCCAAUGUUAUUUUAUGCAGUUUAGGAGAUCUUACUGUUGAAAAUUUUUUUAAAGAACAAUUAAAAAAGGAUUAUGAUAAUAUUGAUAUAAUUGAUAAUAUUUUAGCAAAUUGGGAUGCAAUUAAUGUAUCUAGAGCUAUUAUGACAUUGGACGGAACACUUGUUAUACAAGAACCAAUGGUUGAACCAUUCGGGAUCCGUUUAGAUAUUAAAAAAAAUAUAACAAAUAAACUUUUGUAUUGGAUAAACGGAGUUAUUGAUAAUAUACAAAUUAAUUUGGGACAAAAAGAUUUUGCAACAUUUUUACAAGUUUGGGCAGAUAAUUUUGAAUAUGGAUAUUGUAUUGAUGAAUUAGUUUAUAUGAUAAUGCCACAUGUUUCUGAGGUCCAAGAAGAUCAAGAUUUAAAAAAGAUACAAGUGUUUUUUAAUCAUGAAGUUUCCAUUCAAGAAGUCGAUUUCAAAUUUAAUGUAGAUAGUAUACAAAUUGCUUUGUUUGCAAAUUCUGAUGAAAUUUUAAGUUCUCCUAUAAGAGAUAUAAAUCAUUCAUUAUGCAAAUUAGACUUGGAUGACAUUAAUAUUAAGAUAGAUAUGUUUUCAGACGAUAGAGUGGUUUUAAGUACUACGGUACAAAAAUGUGUGUUAGAAGAUACCAGAAGACACAAUAGAUCUAAAAAAAUGAUAUUUGAAUCUAUUGGUCCAUCGGAUUCAUCUAAUGAAGUACUUAUAUCUGUAUCAACGCCACCAUUGUUUGAUUUGUCCUUUGAAAAAACAUAUUCAGGUGACAGGACAGUACAUAUUCAUUUGGAUAAAACUCGAUUAAAUGUUUCUAUUCCAUUUGUUGUGGAAUUAAUACAAUUUGUACUUGACUCAUUACCGACAAAAAGAAAAAUUACUGAUGACACUUUAGCAUCUCCAUUGAUUAGUUCAGAAGGCCGUAGAAAAUACAGAGAUGAAAAACCAAUGGUAGAGAAAAAAACAUUGAACGCUGAAAAGCAGUCGGCUUUAACUAUAUCUGUUCGCUUUGGUCGUCCUGAAAUAGUAAUAUUACCUCCUGGAAUGGAAGAACUAGAUUUUCGUGAUCAAGUACUUUUGUGUAGAACAGAGUUCCUUUUAGAUUAUAGUCGUCAUCCAGGACAUGAAGAGCGGUUGGUUUGUUCAUUGUCCAAUUUUCAUAUAUUAGCAGUAUCAACCAAAAGAAAAGCUGAAAAAAUGGUUUUACAUCCAUGUGAUAUAGAAUUUUCAAAAACUUUAAAGUCAGGUGAUCGGGAUACAAUUGAAAUUUUAAUGAGUUCUAGUCCCUUAAUUUUAAAUUUAUCAACAAGUACAGUUCACAUAAUUCUCAACGUAAUUGACUAUAUAGAAUUACAUUACGACGAAGAGUACGAAUUUUGCGGAUCAUCUUAUUGGGAGUUUAAAAAUGAUGAUUUAUGGACUCCAAAGUCUAUAGUACCAAGUUAUUUACCUAAUAAAUUAUUAUCUAAAGGAACAUUAUUUUCAUAUUUUCAAUCUAAAUUUGUUGAUACUAUUGAUGUAAAAUCAGAAAAUUUUGAACUUUAUGUACAAGAUAUAAAUAUAUCUUUUGAGGUAGAAGAAUUAGAUUUAGAAGAUAUCCCUUUAAUAAUAUUAAAAUCAUCUUUGAAAGUUCAACUAAAAGAUUGGUCUGAUCAACUGCAGUUAAAUGGGAGCAUAAAUGUUAGAGCUUCAUAUUAUAAUUGUAAUUUGAGUGUUUGGGAACCAUUUAUUGAACCUUGGAAUAUAACUUUAAAGGGUUUCUUAGGAAAGUUGAAUGAAAAACAUAUUGAUUUGGAUGAAAUGGUACGAUCUCAUCAAUCUAUUGCAGAAGGUGAGAGUGAAAGUUCAGAUGAUGAAAGUGAAGCUGAAAUGAAAUUUAUCAGAAAAACAGUGAAGUCAAAAGAAACAUCUUUAGAAAAAUGGUACUCUGAUGAUUCAGAUUCAGAUCAAGAUACUGGAGUUAUGGAUAAAUUAGCUAAAGCUGUAACACAUUUAAUUUCAGAUGAUUUUAGUGAUGAAGAUAUAACUAAUACAGAUUCUAGUGAUGAUAGUGUAGCUGAACACGAAGCAAGAAGUAUAAAUGAAGAUAGAAUUUUAAAGAAAAAAAUUAGUGAUUCUAGUGAUUCUGGGUUGGAAAAUGAUUCUGAAGAAUUAGAAAUAUCUACAUAUAUAAUUGUUGAAACUGAUAGGCUAGAAGUAUCAUUUACUCCAGCUAACAUAUCUGUUAUUGACACUCUCAUAAAAUCACUAUAUAAUCCAAAAACUGAUGAUUGUGAUUCUACUGAGAGUUUUGUUUUAGUUAAUGAUCUUGCAGUGAGAUCUAUUGUUAUGCUUUAUCAAAAAACGGAGAAAGGAUUAGUUCAUAUUUUAGAAGCAAUCGAUGGAUCUAGAACAUCUUCCAUAUCUAGGCAAAGCAUGUCUAAUGAUUGCACUUUUGUUAACAAUUUAAUAAAAAAAAAGAACUUCGAUAACGUCGAUGAUAAUUCUAGUGAAUUGAUUUAUACAAAAAUCUCCGACUAUCAGCUAAAUAUAAAAGUUGAAGGUUUUGAUGAUUUGAUUGUGGUUUGUCCUAAACGUACGUGUAACAAAUUGCAUGCCCUUUCACCAAUAAAAAAUGACACUAGAUAUUGGAUUAUGGUGUCUGUUGUGUCUAAGAAAUUGAGUCACAUAAUUACUCUAAGAUCACCACUUAUGUUGAAAAAUGAUACAUCUUAUCCCUUAAUGAUUCAUUAUAACCGUACCGAAGCUAUGGAUACUUUUGAAAUGGAUUCUGAAAUUUUUGAAGAGUCUGACAAUCCAUUUGAAGCUAUAUGUACUUUAGCAAUUCUUGAAUCAGGAUCAGUUUUUAAUGUACCAAUAGCUGUAGCAUAUCAUUCAAAAUUAUUUUUAUCUCCUGCUAAUUUGCAAAAUUAUCUUGUAAGUGAUACAGGAGUCUGGUGGCCUGAUUUAUCAAUUGAUACAAGUUUUGGAAAAGAUUUAGUGUGUGCUACAUCAUCUAAAGUCGAUGAUUUACCAAGUUUUUCUGUUAGGGUGGUUUGUGAAGAAGGAGAAUCAGUAUUUAACCGAGCUUCAAGAACCGUGCCAAAUUACACUUUAAGAGCAGUUCCUCCAGUGAUCAUACACAAUUUUCUUCCGUUUGCUAUAGAAAUCAAUUUUCCACAUUUCAAGCACCAUAUUGAAGCUUCAGAAAAAAUUGAUGUAUAUAUGUUAAAUUUAACACAUAGGGUUUUGAAAACUGACUUAAUUGUACCAUCAUAUCUUGGUAUAUCAUGGUCUGGCAAUUUUAACUUACGAAAAGAUAUUAAUGAAAAAAUUAUUAACUUGAGCACUGAACAUGACACAGAUGGUGGUAAUAAACAUUUGAAAAUUGCAAUUAAAAUCACCAAUGAAGAUUCUUGUCGUAUUAUUAUCCAUUCUCCAUAUUGGAUUGUAAAUAAAACUGGAUUACCAUUACAAUUAAGGGGUUCGCGAUCUGAUAUUGUGUAUGAAUCACACUCAGAAGAACCUAUUUUGUUUUCAUACAAACGAUUAAAAAAACGAUACAUUAAGCUUAGGGCUUAUCAUUCGAAUUGGUCAUCUGCAUUUUCAAUGGAUGCUGUGUAUUGCCCUGGACUUGUUAUUUGUAAAGAUAAAGAGCGACAGAAAAAAUACCGAAUUUUAAUGAAACCCGUUUUAUCUCAUUUGUGUCCACAUUUAACCACAAUUGUGACAUUUUUACCAAAUUUUUCUGUCGUAAAUAGUUCUAAUAGGAGUUUACGUUUCAUGGAAGAUAACCAAGAAGCAGAUUUAUGGACAGAUAUUUUACAAGGACAGACACUACCUUUUUGGCCUGAAACUGAUUCAAUGAGAAUGUUUGUUAAAUUUCGUGAUAGCAAAUCGGGAUCACAACAUUUUUCAAUUAUAAAAGAACAACAGACUGUUCUUAGAAUGGAUAGAGGAAGGGCACUUGUAGUUAAAGUAACAGGUGGUGGAGAAAAUCCGUUUUUAAUAAGUUUUCAUAAGUUUUGUCAAAACGAUGCCCCAGUACGAGUUGACAAUAUGUGUGAUGAUAUUUUUCUAAAAAUUCAUCAAAAAAAUUUGGGUCAAGUAACAUUACUAAAUCCUAAUCAAUCAGUUUUAUAUACUUGGGAUGAUCCAACGGAAGAACGUGUUCUUUACUGGAAUGUGUACAGCAAAAAAUCUAAAGGUUUUGUUGCUAAGUAUGAAAAAGAAGGAUUUGGGCAAGAAAGAAUAAGCUUUUGCCAAGUAAAACAAACAGAGACCGCAAACAACAAUUUAAAUUUAAUGAAAUUAAUAACAAGUCAAACAACAGAACUAAGUGAUGAUAGUAGUACUGAAAAUUCAGAUUCUGAUGAACCAUAUCCUAAAUUAACUAAAACAAAAAAGGCUAAGGUAAUGGUUUAUUGGGUCAGUUAUGUUGACGUUGGAGGUCAAAGAGUAUUGCUUUUUACACAAGAUGAAAAAACAGCAUCAACAGCGCGAAAAAAUAUUGAAAAUAAUAAAUCUAGUAUCGAUUUAGUUCUAUCUAUUAAAGGAAUUGGAUUGUCCCUGAGUACUUCUCGUGGUGUACACAUGGAAGAAAUUGCCUAUGUUAGUUUAACAGAUUCAGCUUCUGAAUGGAUGGUGAAAGUAGGAAAUAUGUGGAAACCAUUUACAGUUGAACUCGCAUGCUGGCUGGAAGAUAUGUGGGCAAAUGAAAAUAAAAAAGCACAUUUAAAAGACUAUAUCCACGUGGAUUUUGAUAAAAUGCAAAUGAUUAGACCAUUCUUUGGACAACUUCGUCGUUCAUACAAUCCAGCUGUUUGGAGUCUGUGUAGAAUUACUUCAAAAAAUACUGCCAUUUUAUUUAAAAUUCAUAGAAUACAAAUAGAUAAUCAGUUAUCAGACUGUACAUUUAAAACUGCAUUGUAUCCAACAUCUACAUGUAAAACAUCUCGUUGUUUAAAAUCAUUUUUGGAAAUUGCAUAUUCUAAAACAUCAGUUUCCAACUAUUACGAUGUUUACAAAUAUUUUAAUGUAAGCGUUCAAGAUUUUGUUGUACAGUUAGAUAGAACGUUUGUGGUUAGUAUGCAUAAAACCUUAUCACCACUUCUUGCAGUUUUUGAAUGUCCAUUAGAUGCUAGAUUCAGGCAAGAUGUAAGUUCGCUUCAUGCCCCUAAUAUACCGCCGGGGAAAAAAUCUGGAAAAGCGUUUAUUGAGUAUUUUCAUUUUUCCCCAUUUAAUGCACAAUUAAGUUUUUCGGCUAAAGUACCAGAGCUUAGCUCAUUGAAGAGUUCCAGUAGUUUUGCAACAGAUGCUCUUCUUUAUGUACUCGAUGGUCAUGCUAAUCGUUUAAGUGAUAUAAAAGCUAUAAAUCUUAAUAUUAAUAGCUUAACAAGAAAAGGACUAUAUAAGGAGUCAUUUAGCUCAUUGUUUAAUUAUGGAUGGAAAUUCUAUGCACGACAGAUGUUAAAACAAUGUCAUGUUUCUAUUUUUAAUUUGGAUGUAUUGGAAAACAUUUACGAAAUGGACGAAAUUAUAGAGGAAAAAAUCAACUUUGAUGAGCAAUUGGGGCCUUUAUGCAACAGUGUACAAGGCUCAUUUACGUCUGUUGAACACAAUGAAGAAAAAUGGAAUUUUGAUGAAUCAAUACCAGAACGAGUGAUAUCUGCCCAUAAAGGGACGGAAAUGUCAGUGCUUUUAUCUAUGUCUGGUGCAUUACAAAGACCUCAUAUCGGUGGAGAGGAUGAAAGUGCUGCAGAAUCAUUCUUUAGAGGUCCUGGUCGGAACUUAUUGGCAGUGCUGUCAAAAUCAAAUGUAUCCGACAAGGUGUCAAUGGCAUAUGAUGGAGUUAAAAGAGUUAUAGAGUCUGGUGAAGAUGUAGUGAUGCGAACACGAAUUCCAAGAUACGUUAAUCCAAUGGGAAUGAAAAGUUACUCUUUAUACGAAGCAGUGGGCUUACACCUGUUUAAAAUUUUAAAUCGUUCACUUUCUAAUGACUGUUAUUGGGCACAUGUUAGUUUCCUUCCUGAGGGUAAAAAGGUCCUUCUUAUUACAUUAAGACGGGUGAUUUUAGCAGAAAAAUAUCGCACUAAAGGACCGUGGGAGAUAGAAUGGAGCAUUUAUGUAGAUAAUAUUAUAGAUGCGCCGAAAAUCGAAGAAAAUAAAUUAAUUUUCAAAGUCCGACAAGACGAACAUCAUUCGAGUUAUUUCUUCAGAGGUGAUGAAAAAUGUAUUGAGUACGAUGAUAAACCAACAUUGAAAUGGAUUAAGAAUAAAAUCCAACAAGUUAUGGUCUUAGGAUACGAGGAUAAACCACUAAAAUGAAAACAAAUAUUCAAUAAUAUUAGUAUAUAGUUUAGAAUAUUACUGUCAUAAACUAUCGACGUUUCUUGCGUUGGAUAAUAGCAAUAUAAUAUAUCUUGAAAAAUCAA